UUGAGAAGCAUGUGGCUAAACUCUGUUUCAUACACAGGAGGCGAGGCAGACAGCUUUUAGAUGGCAUGUCUUGCAACGAGCAAAAUGGUAGCAAACUAACUGGUGCCACCAUGCAUCGUACAAUUCCAAAUAGACAUAUGAGCACCCAAGUACUGACUUGUUUUUUGAUGCCAUUUGCCUGCAGUGCUCACCAUGAGAGUUCAGAAGUCCCCACAAGGGUAGAAGAGCCCUUGCACACUGAACGAAAGUUCAUUGUCUUUGAGAGCUGCCUGCGGGAAUUGCUCACCACCUGCAAGGUCUGUGGCCAAGCAGUAGGCGACAUCAGCUCCAAGGUUGUGGGCACUUUGCUCAUAGUGGAGGGCAUGUGUGACAAAGAACACAUGCUCCAGUGGAGGAGCCAGCCACUUGUUCGUGGGAGUGGAGCUGGAAACAUUCUUCUGGCAGCAGGAGUGCUAUUUUCUGGCUGUGCAGUGGCUGCGACCUUGAGGUGCCUAAAUUCUAUCGGCGUGCAGACCAUCACAGAACGGACCUUCUACAACUACCAGAGGGCCUACUUGCUGCCUGCCAUAAACGAGCUUUUCCACCGUAAGCAAGCUGAAAUGGCCAGUGAGCUUGCUGGCUUGCAAGUCGACCUGGCAGGUGACGGGCGCUGUGACUCUCCAGGCUACAGUGCCAAGUACAUGACAUACAGUGUGCUUUCUAUGCAGAAUGGCUGCAUUUUGCACACAGAACAAGUGCAAGUUGGAGAGUCGCCUGAAGUCCCUAACAGUGUUUCUAUGGAAAAACAAGGGCUUGCCAAGUGCUUGAUGGGUGUCGAGAAGCUGGGCAUCAGGAUACGUUCGCUGACAACAGGUACCAUACAGAGAUUGUGUUUUUUAAUUUUGGUGAUGCAAUCUGAAACAGUAAGCAUUGCUGCUGUGUAUGCUAGAGCAUCUUAUUUACAUUGUUGUAAUCAACUUGAGAACAAAUGCCUAGCCACGUAUAUUGAGAAGGUCCAAAAUAGCAACCUCCCCUGCCCCUAAGUCUGGAUAUGUAUCUUAUUGCAGGGUCAAGGUAUGUGUAACACUGCCAGUAAUGAUACAAAAAAAGACAUUUUUUCUAACACUACGACACACUUGCUGUGAAACAGAUAAGUAAAAAGGCUUAUCGCAAGGGUUGGUGGUGGAAGCUGUUAAUGGCAACAUGCAAUGAGCUGUGAGGAGAUUUGCUGGUGCUGGAAAAGGAAGCCGUGUGCAUGGUGGAAUCUUUUAGUGAUGUGGGCGGGCAGCUGCUGCAGGGAAGCUGUCGUUGUGGGUGCCAAUUGCUCUCGGUUACAUGUGCCUCACACCUUUUCUUGUUUACAUGUGAUCUAGUGGCUGAAAAACAUAUAAUGGAUCCCAGUUUGGUGAUAUACUCAACGUUAGUGCCAAAAUGUCUUGUUUUCAUGCGCCGUAUAGUCACAAAUUGCUGCUGGAAAGCGUACUACGUCUUUACAAAAGAUGACUGAAAAUUUUCCUUGCCAACCAGCGGGUAUUCAGGGGUGAAUAUUGAGCAGUCACAUGACAUUACAGACUGUUCGUAAUUUAACACAGCGAAGUGUCUUGCUGAUAGCUUCUCUCAAAGCCUGCAGCUAGAGCUGGAUGCAGAACUUUUUUUUCACGACAGCUAAUUGUGAGCUGAUUUACAUGUUAAAGAUGUUUCUUCUCAAAAUAUUAUUGCGGUACUGCAAAUGAAACUGACUCCUGCGUGUAUUCCGCGGCCGCCUAUGCGACGCAUGCACUCUUUUUUGCCGCUAGCAACAUGAUCGCUGUGGCUUCACUCACUCCCGUAGGUGACUGCGAGGAGCUGCUACUCUAGAAGAUUUAUAUAACCUCCUUGCUCACUAAGGUUCAUUCUUUUCACAGACCGACAUCCUGGUGUCAACCGGUACUGCCGCGUGGAGAAGCCAGAGAUUAAGCACUGGUUUGAUACUUGGCAUGUUGCUAAAGGU